UCCACAACUCAAGUGUCACCGCAGACGAAGACGGAAAGACUUCCGUGUACAUACAGUUCAUGCAUUUUCAGGUAAAAAAAAAUGCCCCGUUACUGUGCUGUAAAACUUUGCAAAAACCGGGGCGGAACACAUUCAAAAGACAAAAAGAGAAUAAGCUUUUACCCGUUCCCCUUGCAAGACGAGGACCGGCUUCAGAUCUGGGUGGACAACAUGAAGCGGGAGGACUGGGCGCCCAGCAGACACCAGUAUCUGUGUAGUGAGCACUUCACUGAGGACUGCUUUGAUCUGCGCUGGGGUAUACGUUACCUAAAACACACGUCCGUUCCUACCAUCUUCCCACACACACCAGGUGAUGAAGAGAAAACAGUCACUAGCAGGAAGAAUACAAAGCCCAAAGCCAGGAUGUGCGAUUCUAACAUUCAACUCAUCCAAUCCCCCUACCCGUCCAGCAAGAGGAAACCUCUGAUUCUGAAAAGGAGAGUCAGAGUUGAACCUGUCGCUAAAUGUGCCACUCCUGUCCCCGAGGACGCCAGUGAUGCUACGGUCGCCACGCCAUCAUACGCAAGACGUCUCCUUUCAGACACCGAGGCCUCUGCUCCUACUGGAAAGGUCCCGGAGGCCGCGGUCUGCGAGUUAACCGGAGACCUGCCCGGAGAUACCGAGGCGAUACUGACAACCUCCUGCCUGGACCUUCUCGGUGAAACCCAGACCCUGGAGCAUCAGCUGGAAACGCUGCACUCCGCUGUCGCGGUGCUCUGCUGCGAGCCCGUCGGACGUUUCUCGGAAGCGGAGGCUACAGUGGACGCGCUACAGGCCCUCGGCCAGACGUUUAGGAUCUUCCCACUGGAGCUGAGGAGGGAGGCGGGGGUCGGAGACUGGGGGGAGGGUCCCGCGGAGGGGGAGGGUCCCGCGGAGGGGGAGGGUCCUGUAGAGGGGGAGCACAUCUCUGUGUACGAGCACUCCUAUUCCAGACAGGACACGGACAAGGAACAGCUGUGGGGUAAAAUCGCCAGCCUCCACACCAAGAUAAUGGAGCUGGACAGGAGAGAGGAGAGCACCAUCGCCAAGAUACGAUCUCUGGAGAAUGAGAUCGCACACCUGAAGAAGGACAGUGUUGUUUUCAAAGAAAAACAGAGAGUACUUGAGGACUAUAUCGCUUCUAUGUUCCUUUAAUGUCUUAACCGCUGUGCCUUGUUGUGAGCAUUUGUGGCUUGUCUUUAAUUUUUUUGUACAGCUGUCACUGGGUUACAACAGUCUCAAUCACGUGUUCUUAUUUAUUACCUGUUUACAUGUUUGCAAAUAGUAAUAUUACAGAAGCAACAUUUGUAGGUGGACGACAAAAUAACAGAAACACCUAACAAUUUAUUAAUAUCAAGGACAUAAUUCUGAUUAGGACCUCAAUGUUAAUUUUGCUAGGUGUUUGCGUUAAUUUGUCCACGCCCUGUAUGUCGCUCGCUAUUGCCCUUAAUCCUCAUCCUGACCCAGUAGGAUGUGACCACUAGAUGGCACUGUGUCUUCAGGAGCCAGGACAGGGUGGGGGUUGGCUCAUAGAGAAGGAAAGAGGACUUUAUUAUACUUUAUUCCUGUCAUAACGGGCAGCAACAUUGAGGCUUUGUCCGUUUUUGAAGUGGUCAAAUGUCAUCUUCCGGCUGAAGAAUCUUCUGAUUCUCCUGAGGACCUACAAAAGCUUUCCUGUUGGACUCCAGCAGGGUUGUCGGGAAGGUUGACCACAUUAAUAUGGUGGUAGCCCUCAAGGGGGAUGUCGAUUGAGGAGGGCUAUUUACCAGGUGUGAUGUCUUUCCAUCAAUAUGGGUAAACCCUCACCAUGUCCGUUUGUUUUGUCAGGUUUAGACGCAGACACGUAACGUCAGAUGAGUCUGGUCAGUAGAGCUUUAAGGAACUCAUUUGUGUUAAAGAUAGUUGCUUACUUCAUUCAAUGAGAUCGUGUCUGAAUAUCAUAAAAUCUACAGUCAUGCAGAGACUUCUGUUAAUGUUUCACUUAAUGUAUUAUUUUAUUGCCAUAACUACAUGAGUAAAAAAAAGUUGUUGAGACGAUAACACCAUUUUAGGUGUAACUUAUAGGUUUUAAUUAAAUUGGUGAAUUUAUCAUUAAUGCAUGUGGUUUAAACUGUCAAACAUGCAAAUGAGGGGGUGUGGCGGGUCCUAGAACAGUCAAA